UCCGGUCCAUUGUCCCCCCAUAGUGAACACCCAGUAAUGUACACAAUAAUCCCCCCUGUCAACGCCGAAAAAACGCAAGUGCUCGCCCGAGAGCUGUCAAAGCCCUGACGAUGGCACGCAACGUGUCCGCAUUUCGAGUAAACAUUCCACCCUGGACCUAUUUCUAAUCAAGCAAACCGACAAAAUCCCCCCAACGAACGUGCAAAAGUGAAUUCUAAUCCCAUACGACGUGAAUACUGAUGUAAACACCCGUGAAAUUCCCGAGAAUCGAGAUAAACGUCGAAAAGCCUGCCGUGUGCUUAGAAACCGGAAGUUGGUGACGCUCUUUAAUCGCGAAUCGAUCACUUGAAGCCUCGAUAAACCGUUGACAGUCUCACCCCGGCCUCGAUGGAGCCCCGAGCCCCCUGAUCCUGCCAUGAUGACUCCGAUGAGCGAGGACGGCGGUCCGCUGCGGGAGUGGGCCCCCCUGACAGCUCUCCUCCAGCAGAUUCCGGUGAAACUCCAAAGUGGAAUAUUCACGCAGGACAUCAACUUCACGUGCAUCUCAGUCCUCCCGGAGUUCCUGGCGAUUGGCACCAACUGCGGACUAGUUUACUGGUACAAUCGUGAGACCGGUGACCUGCAGAGGCUGCGAUGCGAGAACGCCUACUCCAGCAUCACGUGCCUGCGCGUCAUCUCGACGGUGGACUACAUGGUGGCAGCGGGUAACAAUCAGGGGGUCGUCACAGUAUUCCAGAUCCCGAAGAAUCUCCCGGAGUCGUUGCCCGAGAGCUUGCGACCGAAGCAGAAGAAGCAGGUGGAGAGGUACAACAUCGGGGGGAUCCACAGGAGCCCAGUGAGCUCGGUCGAGUGGUCGAAGAACGGGAUGAAGCUGUUCAGUGGAGACCAGGAUGGCCUCGUGGUCCUCACGGAGAUUGACUUCUACAUGCACCUGUCGAAGUCCUCGGAGCUGCUGAACGAGAAGUACGCAGUUGUCCAGCUGAGUUAUCAGCAGGGGCUGCUGCUGGUGUCGACCCUCUUCAGGACGAUCCUGGUGAACAGCAAUCAGGAGAGAAAAGUGUCCCAGGUGGGGCAGAAGGAGAGAAAGUCGCUGGGAAAAUUGGGGGCGGUCUUCGCCACUCGUCAGGCACACGUUCAAGAGCCAGUUAUUUACGCCAGUCGACCUGGACUGAGGCUCUGGCAGGCUGAUAAGACGGGGACUGUCAUCAAGACACUCAUCUUCAAGGAGGCUGUGCAGACGACUAAUACUGAGGUCGUUCUGCUCAAUCCUGCGCCUGAGAUGGUCAGGAAGAGACGGGGGGAGCCAACUUUUGGGGCUCUGAUGCCCUUCUGCGACGAUUUAUUCGUUACAUUCAGUGAGGAUGUCAUCUACGUGGUGAAUCCUGUGACGAUUGCUAUCACUUCGGUUGUCAAUGACCUCAGGAGGAUCACCGACGUCUCCUGCACGAAGGACGAGGUGUUCGUCCUCGAGGGGGAGAGGAACAUCCUGAGGAUCGCUUAUCACCCUGAGAUCAGCAAUGUCGAGAGUCCUGAGGAGACCAAGGACUCGCUGACGUUCGCAGAGAUCAGUAAACCCGUCACUGCGGGCAUUCUCGGGCUCACCUCGAGGAUCAAAGAGAAUUCUAUCGUUCCCAGCAUCCCUUUUUAUAAGAUCAGUCCUAGUAAUAUUAUUCAGGCGAUGAGUGCUCUGCCCUCCAGGGGGGGAGUCGAUCCCAAUCCUGUUGUCAAUGGGGAAGAGGCCACGGAGAUGCCUCCCAUCGUUCCACUGAGCAUCGACACACCUCUGGUCACUGAUGUUGAUAUCGAAGUCGAGCAGAAUGCGCAUUCUGGGGAGAGGGAGGAGGGCAAGGUGGACAGGAGACAGAUUUUCCAGAGGAUUGGGGAGCAGGAGUUUGAGGAAGUUGUUUUUACUCCUGAGAGGAAGCACAAGAGAGUGGGGAAGAGUAAUAGGAUUAAUGGGCACAAUGGAGAGGACAGUCUGUUAAAGUAUUGUAGGGAUAUUCAAGAGACCCGUUCGUCUCUGUUAACGUUGAGUAUUGAUGAUGAGUGUGUUCUGAGGGGGGAGAGGAAUCUCGAGAGCAUUCAGAAGGACGUGGAGAGCAAAGAGAAACUGCUCGCUGAUGUUCUUAAUUUUGAUCUGUCUGAGUAUAUGACGAGCAGCCAGAAUUAUUCGGAUGAUAGUCGGUCGAAUGGGAAUGGAAGUGCACUGGAUACGAUAACUUAUGUUAAUUGCACUGGGUCGACGGCUGAUUCUGCGAUUUUUCGUUUUGAGGAGGGAGACGAGGAUCGGGGGGAUGACUCCGGGGAUGAGGAUGAGAGCUACAGGACUGAAUUGAAGAAGCUGGAGACGCUCGGGGAGUGCAGCAAACAGCUCAUGCUGAUGGGUAAAGAGAAUUCUGUUGGGAUUGGGGAGGGUGAGGGAGAGAGGAAUGGAAGGGGGGAGUUUAAUCAUUCUAGGGAGCUGGAGAUUCGAUUCAAUGUUCUUUCGAAAGAAUUCGUAUCUUCUGCGAUAUGCGACGAAGCUGAUGACUGGGUCGUCGUGUCAACACAGGAUUAACGUCGCCACCAAAGCCAGAGAGUAAAUUUCAUUUUGACUAUUAAUCCAUUGCAUUGAAGAUUAUGUUAUUUAAUUGCGCAAGAUCUAUUCAGGGUAUUGGAAUAUAUUAUUCAAUGAUUAGUUUAUUUGGGGAGAAUGGGGAAAAAUCGACACUUCUGGCUGCUUGAAAAAUAUUCACUGCAUUAGAAAAGUUGAUCGCAUUUAAUUAACAAUUCAAUGACUUGUCAACAUUUAUAAAAAAUGGAGAUGUGAUUUCACCUCAAUCUCUCUCUUGUAGGAUAACCCAUAGUGAUAAAAAACCGGUCUAAGUAUAAUCAUGUUUUAUCUGCUUGAGAUAUUGUUUCAGAACAAGUAUAACAUUAAUUUGUAUGCUAGUCAUAACUGCGUUUUUCAUGGCACACGACAGGAUUCUAUAAUUUGGAGAUACAAUGGAGAUGAAAUAAAAUAUACUGCGAACGUUGUUAAAAACCGUCUGUUA